GAUGCUACUUUGUGCUUGAUCCUCCAGGAUCAGAAUUUGCACCCCUAGAUUGUAAGCAAUACACACAGUGAUGCAAAUACAUAACAAACUGCUGUUGAUAUUCUUCAGGUAAAUUUUAUUCAGAGAACAGUGAGUAUCUCAAGCUGUUUGACAUACACUGAUCAUCAUCAUGUUACUCUCUCGUGCUCAGUGGUGUCCCACUCAUUUAACCACUUUGCUUUGUUCCUCUAUACAGAGUUGAUCAGAAGUGGUGUAAAAUGCUCAAGUUAGUGUAACAGCUUUAUCUCUUUCUAAUUAUAUUGAAUUUCUUAUAAUGGAUGUUUUUCAACCCCAUAUUCUUCACCUGAAUCUGUUUGUCAUCUUUACUUUACUGACGUAUACAGAUCUCUCCAAAACAAGUGUGCCAAGGAUUCUGCAUCAAAUUAACCAAACAGCAGUUGUGGGGGACACAGUAAAACUUUACUGUAACAAUACAGAACAUUCAAAUAAUAUUCUGCAAUCUGACGAUAUAACAUGGAAAAUAAACAACUUCAGUAUUUUUGUUCAAGACUCAUUCUCUAACAGAACUCAGAUUAACUUUACCUCAGACAGGAUGUAUAUUAAUCCAGCAGUUCCAAUGGAAUUGAAAAUAAAUCAAAUACAAGCAUCAGAUGCAGGAAACUAUUCAUGUUACACUAGUACAGCAGCAAUAGGAUGGAUAUUAACAGUAACAGUUUCAGAAAAAAGAUCAGAGUCUCUCAAACAGAUACCACACCUCAACAUUAUCAUCUCAUGUACUGCAGUUAUUAUCAUCUGUCUGAUCAUCAGUCUCACUAUCUGGAUUCACAGGACAUGGAAAAUCAACAGAGAUGCAGGUCAGAGAGAAACAGGGCAGGACUUUUCACAGACACCGGCCAGAGGAGGAGUACAAACUCAAAACAGUCAGUACUUUGAGAGAUACAACUCAUUGUAUGGACAAGUAUUACACUGAAGAUCCAUCCGCUCUCCAAACUCACUUAUGCCAUCCUGAGCCACAUGCCCGCCGGAUAGAUGUUCAAUCCAACGCAGGGCACUCACAUCCAAACUCACAUUUAUACAGCUAAAGGCAUUUAGUGACUCAAAUAGACUCAAAAUACUGUUGGAGGAACCGGAGUACCCAGUGAAAACCCAUGUAACCUGGACACUAAAGAUGUAAUAUGACAUUUGCUUAUCUUCUUCUUGUAUAAUCUGUUUGUUUAUAUGACAAUGCCAUUCUGGGGUCUUAAAAACUUUUGAAGAUGGGUUUCAAAGUGCAAGUUUUUGAAAACUGUGCUCUGCCACCAUCGUCUCUGUGCUCUGCCCCCGUCGUGCACCGUCGACUAUGCCUUGUCGUCUCUGUGUGAACAACAUAACCACGAAUUAGUGAUAAUGGUGACAUCAUAUGCAUGUGUUCAUUCGUGAGAGUAUAGACGGGUUCAGCAGCAACAACAUAAACAAACGGUGUGGAACACAAAAGAGUUGGACUAAAUGUAACUUCCACAUUGUGGUAUAGUGGUUAGAGAGACUUGAUUGUAACCCAGAGGUUGUUGGUUUAAUUCCCACAGCUGACAGGAAGUGACUGAAGUGUUUCGGUGUUGCAGUGAUAGUUGCCCAUAGUUGGCGUCUUGUUUGUAUUUAUUGCUAUGUAGGAGAAUGUUUACACAAAGCAAAACAUCAGUGUCAUGGAAACGUAGCCUGAGAGAUUAACAGUUUUAAAAGGUCAACAAUCUUUGGUCUAUGACAAAUCUAUCACAGUUUUUCUUAGUUGCUUUGGGGCAUUUCUCAGAUCAGACACAUUUUUCAAAACACUUCAACCUCCACAUCAUCAAGUCAGUUGUGCACAACAUGAAAGCAAAUUCUCAUUGUUUUGGACAAAUUGCAAAUGCUUUGAUACAAUUACGCAGAUGAUUUUGUUUAAUUGUCUGCUGUUUGCUACAGUUUCAAUUGCUUGUGUAAUUUUUAUCAAAAUACAUGAAUUCAUUGUAAAAAGCACGUCAUGCAAAAUUGUUAACCUUUGUUUCAUAAUCUGUUACUGUAAACAUUUUCCAUUUUUUAGUCUUUUGUAAAUGUAAACGGAAUUGAUGUAUUACUGUCAUGUGAAUAUUGAGUUACAGAAAAAUGUACAUUUCUUACAGUGUACAGUGAACCUUUAAUUUUGUAAUUUUUAUUUGUACUGUAAAAUAUGAUUUAUCUGUUCAAAAGAAAGAAAUGUGAAAUGGUAAAUGCAACUAUGUAUUACACUUGGUAUAUUAGUCCCUUUCACACAUACAGUCUUUACUGGUAAUUUACUGGUAAAUUGCUGUUAACAUGUCAUGUGUGAACAGAACCUUUCCGGUAAAUCAGUGCUCCCAAUUUACCAGUAAGACAGGUUGUAAGAUUACCAGUAAUUUACCGGUAAGCGCUGUGUGUGAAUGAAAAUUAUAGGAUUACCGGCAUUUAAAACAGACGACGUCAGACCGUGCUGACAGCUUCGGGCCAAUCAUAGCGUUUUAAUACAGAUGAUGCGUUUACCCCCACAGUGUUUACUGACGUUUCCACACACAUGCUGCUUGAAAGUUGAGCACACCUGAAGUUUACGUCCACAUUUCUUCACCAAAGUUGUUUAAAACAGCUUACCGCCGAAUUGCCGACGUCCUUAGCACGCCCUCUGUGAAGCCUAAAGUGCAAACUGUUGUUAAAAACCCAUUUUCGGUUUGACGUCGUCUCAUUCAAUGUUGUUUGGUCAUGAGCAACUUUGCGACUGUUUACCACAGACGUGAAAACAACAAAAUACGGACCGUGGUUAUGAACGACGUGGAUUGUUUACAAAUACAACACUGAGCUCGCGGCGUGCUACAGGUACUUCCGCUUUCUCAACGAAUUUACCGGUAUUUUGAUACUGAUGUGUGAAUGAUGUCUUACUGGUAAAAUAACGGAACGCCACUGCAUGUGUGAACAGCACAUUUUUGUAUUUACUGGUAAAUUCAUUCUGGUAAAUUCAUGGUAAUUUACCAGAAUUACUGUGUGAAAGAGGCUAUUGACAACAUGCCUAAAGAUUUUGACUGUUUUGUUCAUCAACAAUGAAACAGGGAGACAAAAAAUUUAUUUUGAAGAAGUUAGAGGCUUUUGCAGAAAAUCCAUGAUUUUGUGCAGUUGCAAGAGAGGAUAUUGAAUGUCAUGUGGAUGAGGCCAUGUGACCCUAUCGUCAAGACAGAAGAGACUGAGUAUCAAUAGUGGCUAUGUCUUACACUCCAAUAGAUUUUACUAUGUUUUGGUUUACAUGUAUACUCUGUAAUAUUUACAGUAUUUCAGUUUUCAGACAUGGUUUGAAAAAAUGAAUGUCAUGGAAUCAAUAAAAAUGCAUCAAAGUAUUUCUUAUUCUGGAUCCAAUUGUUUGCAAAAAGGCAAAUUUGACACAGGCAAUAUAGAAAGACAACAAAUGGCACUGGCAAUACUGGAGUAUUUUUGUAUUUUGUUGUCCACUGUGUAAUGAUUGACUGACAGAGCUCAUAUAUUGUGUUGUUUGAAGGCAAAUUUUGCUUUUGUUGCAUAUUUUAAAUGUUUUAGCGCAGUUAGAGUCUUUUGCAAACAAAAUGUGUCAUUUUGACCAUGAGUGUCACUGUUUAGGCCUGUGUGUUAACUGUUUUGAAAAUGUGGAGUUUGAGUUGAUGGCUGCAUCAAAGCAAUCAAGAAAAGCUGUAAUGAUACUGUAAUGACAUGGCCUCAUCCACAUCACAUACAAUAUCCUCUCUUGCAAUGCACCUAGGGAAAAUCUUCUUGCAUGCCUUAUCCAACCUUGACAUUCCUCUGCACCUAUUUCUUUGGCAGCAGCAGUCAUUGCAUUGAGCAAGCGCAUUUGCUCAUAGGGAUGGUGAUCAUAAACCUUCCACCUCCAAGCACUGAAGAACUCCUCUAUACGAUUCAAAAUUGGGGAGUAUGCUGGGAGGAGCAGCAUCAUCAUACGAGGGUGUAACCCCAAAACACUUAUUAUUGACAAGGUGAGAGUGGUAAAAAACCUUAGACCUCCUCCAUCCAUGCUGGCAAAUAACAACACAGACGUGGCACCUUAUUAUAAGGCCUGCAGACAGAUUGCUAUUUGAAGAUUUGUGUGAAGGAGUGUUUGUUUACCAUAGCUAAAACAAUAGAGUUUGGACUGCUUCAAUGACAUUCGUGUUAACUGUUUUGCAAAAGGGUGGGAAAAAUGUGUCAAUCCAAUGAAAAAGGGUUAACACAUUGCAAGACGUGUCUUCUGAUCUGAGUUGAUCCUAGUUUCUUGAACCAGGUCACAGCAAGCAAGAAAAACUGUAAUAUUGACUGAGGCCAUGAAGAUUAAAUCAACAUGAAAUCAGUAAGUAAAAUCAAAAUGUGAUGCUCUUGUUAAUGGGACUUUAGCCUGGAUUUCACAGACAUUAGCACAAAUGUGAUAACAAAGAUCACAUUAGCAGAUAAAUGCAGUAAAGAUUUCAAUUUAACACAAAAGAAUAAAGACAUUGUGUUUAGAAUGAUGUGCAUUAUAAAGCAUCCUGCAUUCAAAUGCAUGUACAUUUGACAUCCAGAUAAAUUUGAAUGAAAUGCCAAUGUAAAAUGCCUAUGAAAUUGCUAUGAAAUUGUGUGAAUGAUAUUUGCAUACCAGUCUCUGCCCACGCUUACAUGUAUAAAAGGACACGCGACGCACCUUUCAUUUGCUUUUGUUCUUCGGAGAGUGCUGGUGAUCUCUCUCUCUCCAGUUAAAACUGAAGAAAAUCAUUUGGCGAUACAGUGUGGCAGUGGUUUCAUCUUGGAAACACCAUCCCCUGGGCGCUUCAGCAGUUUUUCAUCAGUGUCUAAAAGAGCGAAUUCCACCACAGAGUGAAACGUCCUUUUAAGGAUGACUUUUCUUCUCUGUGUUCUUGGAUGUGGCAGGCAUCUCUCUCCUGCUGACGGGCACGAUCGUUGUCUUGGCUGUCUGGGUCUCCAGCACGCUAAGGCGGCAUUCAAUGAGGGAACAUGGUCAUGGCUGCCGGCUUUCUUUGUGAAACUGCCAGCCACUGCGUCUGCUUCCCACCCUGGCGGGACAGCUGUUAAUUCAGCAUUCAUCAGUAACAGCAAGCAGCAUGGGGGAUGUGGGACUUAGUGCGAGCGCUUUGCUGUCAGAUAAAUACCUGCAGCCCACUACGCCCGUCUUCCCCCAUCAGCUCUGGAAAAUGAGUCUGAUGGGCAGCGCUCAAGGCUGGAUGAAUGGUUUCUGGGCUCCGGACGUGACUCUACAGUAAGCCACGAUCUGCCCCAGUGCUGUUCUUUCCCGGGGUGCAUGAGGAGCUUACCAAGUCUUGGAAAGCCACGUUUUUGGCACAAUUUAAGGGGUCCCGUCCGGUGUCUGCUCCCAAGCAGCUAAAGCCUCAUGGCGGUGUCGGCACCACCUCCAUCGGGGAAAAGCCAACGUGGCCGACCACCGAAGAGAUCCGCCUGCAUGCAGGCGGGUCAUCAGGUGACCACAAGGCAGAG